ACCACGGGCACUAGUGCGCCUAGAGUAAAUUCAAACUCGCCUUCAAGUUUGGCUUCUCCAUAUUCUUCGUUGGAAGUGAUCCCGCGGGACUCUUAUCCAGUAGACCCUUUCCAUGAGACUCUCUCUCGGAAAUCACCGCCCAACAGCAGAGGAAGUUACAUCAAGACUCAGCUAUACAUAGUAUCGCGCCUUUUUCUCAUGUGGGAUCCCCGUCAACCUUUCAGAGGAGGUCAUGCCUCUUCUAUAUACCGGAUUCUACAUCCUUGCUUCCAUGCUCUCACACCAGGUUGUACCUCAUGGGAAUUAUGACUCGCAGCUGACGUCCCACUGGAGACUUAUAAGUUCAGAUCCUCGCGUCAUCCUCAUUUCGGAUUCUCAAUGAAAGUCUCUGCUCUUGAAACAAUCAGUCUUCUCCUCGCGCCGGUCCUUGUGUCAGGGAGCCCGUCCCAAAAUGUUACACAAGUCAGCAUUGACCUAUUGGAUGCAAAUCAUAUUCUUCACCUCCUAGAGGUUGUUGAUGCAUAUGGACACAUUUCCGUACGGAAUCCGGAUAAUGAAAGUCAAUUUAUUAUGUCGUUCGCAAUUGCCCCGGCUUCCGCCACCUCACAGACUCUCGUCACAUAUGAUAUCUCAAACGCAACUCCACUCCACUUGACUUUCAAUGAGUCGGUGGUGGGAGAGGACAUUCCACCGUCAUUUUCAGAGAGAUUCAUCCACUCUCAGAUCUAUGCGGCUCAGCCGAACGUUACGAGCGUCAUUCACUCGCACACCAUCGAGGUUCUCCCUUUCGCAGCAGUGGGAGUCGGACUUCGUGCUCAGAUAGGUUCCGCUGGUUCAAUAGGCACUUUGACGAACGGCACACCCAUCUUCGAUUUCAAUUCGGUGGUUCCUGACGAUUCAGAUCAACUACACGACCUAUUUAUCAGAAACCCAGUGCUUGGUGACGCACUAUCCCGUACGUUUGAAGAUGGCAGCGAUAUAGUAUUGAUGAAAGGUCAUGGUAUGGCCGUUCGAGCCUCUUCCAUACGUGAAGUCACGUUUCGGGCUUUCUAUACGAAAAGAUCCGCAAUUGUCCAGACCCAGGCCUUAUUGCUUGGUGGAAGCGGCAUUUUACCUGGGUUGACAGAGAAACAAGCUACAGAUGCUCGUACAACAAAUGAAGCUCCAGGAACACGAGAUAGGGCCUGGGAUUUGUGGGUCAGACAAGUAGAUCAGACUCCCUUGUAUGUCAACGAUCUGCGGGGGUGAAGCGAUGCGGAAUGAUCUUCAGCAUAAAGUACCUGAGACAAACCCAAAGCUUAUCAAGUAGCUGAUUUGUAUUUGAGCCUAC